AUACAUUACAUUGAGGUUAUGUAACUCUAAUUAAAGUUUUUAUUUUAUUUUCCUUGCCCAAGCUAAUUAACUAAUUAAUAAGCGGAAUAAAGCACAAUGACUUUAAUAGACUAUUUAAGUUCUUUAUCCGAUAACCCCUACUUCGGUGCCGGUUUCGGAUUGUUCGGGUUAGGCGCAGGGGCCGCGGUUCUACGCAAAGGGCUGCAGGGCUCGUUAAUACUAUUUAGACGACAUUACAUGAUAACGUUAGAAGUUCCGUGCAGGGAUAAGUCGUAUCAGUGGAUAUUGCAGUGGAUGACGUACAAGGGUGCGAGACAAACUCAACAUUUAAGUGUCGAGACGAGCUUCGAACAGAAAGAGACGGGGCAAAUUAAGACGAAAUACGAGUUCAUUCCCAGCAUCGGCACGCACUUCUUUAAGUAUGGGGGUACGUGGAUUCGUGUCGAGCGGACCCGUGAGCAACACACCUUAGAUUUACACAUGGGGGUGCCUUGGGAGACGGUAACUCUCACGGCGAUCGGAAGAAAUAAACAGCUAUACUUCAACAUGCUAGAAGAAGCUAGACACAUGGCUUUAAAACAGCACGAGGGAAAAACGAUCAUGUACAUCGGAAUGGGCAGUGAAUGGAGACAGUUCGGACAUCCCAGGAAACCGCGUCCCAUAUCCUCCGUGGUUCUCGAUCAGGGAGUGAGCCAAAAAAUUUUGAACGACUGUCGCGAGUUUAUCUCGAAUCCGAGCUGGUACACGGAACGAGGUAUACCGUACCGACGCGGCUAUCUGCUUUACGGGCCGCCGGGUUGCGGAAAAUCGUCGUACAUCACCGCGCUAGCCGGAGAAUUACAAUUCAGCAUUUGCGUUUUAAACUUGUCCGAACGAGGUUUAUCCGACGAUCGACUUAAUCACCUACUAAGUGUCGCUCCCCAGCAGAGUAUAAUUUUAUUGGAGGAUAUUGACGCCGCUUUCGCCUCGAGGGAGGAUUCGUCUCAGCAGAAGGCCGCUUACGAAGGUCUGAACCGGGUGACCUUUAGCGGGUUGCUAAAUUGUCUCGACGGGGUGGCAAGUACCGAAGCUAGAAUUGUAUUUAUGACGACAAAUUAUCUUGAAAGGUUGGACAAAGCGCUGAUACGACCUGGUCGCGUCGACCUUAAGGAGUACAUCGGAUGGUGCACGCCAUACCAAAUUGAAAAUAUGUUCCUGCGAUUCUAUCGCGGUGCCAACAUCAACAGCGAAGCCAAAGAAUUCUCCGAGACGGUGCUCUCCUUCAAGAAGAACGUCAGUCCCGCCCAAAUCCAGGGAUACUUCAUGGUGCACAAGCUGGCGAGUACGAGGGACGUAAUUAAUAACACAAAAAUGAUAUGGGAAUUGUAGACUUUACGUAAUUACAGAAUUAUUUCUUCUUU